AUGCGUGCUCGUUAUAAAGGCCCGGCCGGUACAGGCAUCCUUGAAUUACCGGACGAUGCUACUGUUCAAGCCCUCUUUGAUGGAAUCAAAACCAAGACUGGAAUUGCCAAAUUUGGCGUCAAAUACGGUCCGCCUAUGGCGAUGAAAUCUCUUGAUGCCUCCCAAAACGAUCAGAUUGCUCGAUCUCUUGGUCUUCAUGGCGAAACACUCACCAUUGUUCCUGACGAGUCAUUAUCUACCUCCGUCGAGAGCCCCCAAACCGGGACCGUCCAACAUCAGGCUGAGGCUUCCAAGGCUGCGAGGGAGAACGAAAGUCCAGAAGAUGUUAAUGUGCCUUGGCCGGAACAAGAGGGUGCUCUUUUGAUGCCCAGCGACAAUAGCUGUCUGUUCACUGCAUUUGGAGGCGCAUUAAAAGACCAGAUUCCUGCACAAAAAUUGAGAGGAAUGAUGGCAGAAUAUAUUCGCGAACACCCAGAAGAAUAUUCGGCAGCUGUUCUUGGUAGCCCGCCCGGCGAAUACUGCCGCAAAAUCCAGGAGCCUGACAGAUGGGGUGGUGGUAUCGAGCUCAGCAUACUAUCUUCUAUCUUUGAUAUCCAGAUAUCCAAUCAGACGCAGAACAAGAUCGAUUUUGGAGAAGAAAAGCGCGAUCGCUGCAUUCUCCUGUACUCUGGAAUUCACUAUGACCGGGUCGCUUUCAGUUACUGUGACCCUCCUUACAAUUCCCCCUCCUUCCCCCCCGAGCUUGAUCGAACCAUCUGGCCUACCGAUGACGAUGAAGUUCUCAAGAAGAGCGAAGAACUUGUCAAGAAGCUGAACAAGGCUCAUUACUAUACUGAUACAGAUGGUUUGAUCUUGAGAUGCGAUGUACCAGGGUGUGAAUGGAUUGGCAGUGGCCAGCGCGAGGGACAGAAGCACGCAGCAGCGACAGGUCACGUGGCCCUGAGUGAAAUUCAAGAUGAAGGCGACAAUGUUCUGCGCAGGUGUGAUACGUUUGGUUGCGACUUUAUCGGACAGGGAGACAGAGCUGUCAAGCAACAUCGUACCGACACCGCCCAUCAGAGCUUCUCCGUCAUUCUCGACGCGUGA